AUGGCGGAAGAACCGGAUGAAGUGGAUGAUGAAUACUCGGAUGAAGAAGCAGAGUUAGAUGAAGGGGAGCCAGAUGAAGGGGAUGAUGAAUACUCGAAUGAAGAAGCAGAUGAAGUGGGGAUGAAUGCUUAUUCUUGUGAUGGAGAAUGUAGAUUCUUUGUGCUUAAUUGUAUUCUCCACGAGAAGAAAAAACAACCUGAAUUAUUGUUAUCAACUUCUGGUAAAGUAAUAUCUUGUGAUAUGAACAACAAUCAAGUGAAAGAGAUUGCUAAUGGAACUUUGCAGAAUGAUGGUCGUCGAUGUGGCGAGGAUGAGGCGACAUGGUACGAGGCCUUCGAAUAUGUCGAGACUUUUGUUCUGUUUAAAACUUGUGUUUGUGUCUAUCUUAUUGGAUUUAUAUCGUUGAGGUGCUACCACUAG